AUUAAGCCCACAGAGGCCCCAACUGAGCCCCCCACCCCGCCUCCACCCGCCACCAUCCCCCCUGCUAUGGACGGUAAGGAGAGGCUUAAAGUCAGCAUGCUGUGAAGAGAAGAGAAGUGAAGCUAACACAGAGAAUAAACUCUUUAUACAUGUCCUACCUAACAUUGACUUGCUCUAUGUGCACCACAGUGUGCAGAGGGGCCAAGGCUGACCUGGUGUUCCUGAUUGACGGCUCCUGGAGUAUCGGAGACGAGAGCUUCAGCAAAGUGAUCCAGUUUGUAUUCAGCAUGAUCGGAGCCUUCGACGUCAUCCACUCUGGCGGAAUGCAGGUACGUAGCCAUGAAGACUAUCCUCUGAGUGUUAGCUCUUUGAUGUUUACAGCAUAUUCACUUCUCUUUUCCUCUUUCACAGUGUAUUCUUCAUGUCAAUGCUUUAUUAUUCUCUCUCUCCCUCCCUCUUUUGUCUUCUGGAAACAGGUGUCUUUUGUGCAGUUCAGUGACAGUGCCAAGACAGAGUUCAAACUGAACACUUACCAAGACAAGGGAAGGACCUUGGCUGCACUGCAGCUCGUCCGCUACAUGGGAGGAAACACCAAAACAGGUACAGCUACAGACCGCUCUGACUGACUGCUACUGUCAAUGUUACUGGAUGAUAUCGUUAACACUCAUUGCAUAAUAUUGAGUUAAUUAAAAGGUCUACAAACAUUCACUCACCGCCAAUGUCAUCACAGUGUCUUAAUCUUGCUGGUGGAGUUAAAUGGGUCUAUAGUUAAAGGUGGAGACUGAUGUCCUACCCCUCUGUGUACAGGUGCUGCUCUAAAGCAUGUUGGUGAGAAGGUGUUCACCUCAGACAAUGGCAUGAGGAAGUACGUGCCUAAGGUUCUGGUGGUCGUCACCGAUGGUCGCUCACAAGACGAGGUCCAGAAGAGUGCCUCCAACCUGAUACACUCUGGUAAGUGUUCAACGUUUGGAUUUGUCCUUACAGAUGUCAGUAAACAAUAUUUUCAGUCAAGAUUUAGUCAACCUAAGUGUAGCUACAGAACUAUAGAAAUGACUAGAGAUGUUUUGAGAUACAGCAUUACUUACUCCUUUUGGGGUUUUCACUGUCAAAUUGGAAGAUCUGAUCAGCCAUUGGGCCAGGUCGUAUGGACAAUAAUGGUUGUCUUUGUACUCAUCUCGCUCCAGGUUACAGUGUAUUUGUGGUCGGUGUGGCCGAUGUGGACGUGGCAGAGUUGAGGAACAUUGGCAGCAAGCCAAGUGAAAGACACGUCUUUGUUGUGGAUGACUUUGACGCGUUCGCCAAGAUCCAGGACAACCUCCUCACAUUCAUCUGUGAAACGGCCACAUCCAGUAAGAUUUACAUCUACAUUACAAAGUACCUCAAGACCCAUGUGAAAGCAGAUUGAUGCUAGCUGUAUGUUGUCCUCCAGCCUUUUCCAGCUCAUCAUGUUUUGUUUUAUUUCUCCCUCUUUAGCUUGUCCUUUGAUCUACAUCAACGGGUUCACCUCACCUGGUAAGUAUAUGCUACAUCUAUAUUCUGAAUAAACUGACAGCUGCUGAUAACACCUAUGGCAAGGAGCUCUUUACUGACGUAGAAAAACUCGGAGCCCUAAUUCAUUCCUACCAUCAAUGUCAGUAUUGUGAUCCUGUGCAUUGACUUGUAUCUUCUCAUGAUUGUGUAUUGACCUGACGUGUGUUCUCCAGGCUUCAGAAUGCUUGAGGGCUUCAACAUCACAGACAGAACCUUCGCUGCCAUGAAUGGCGUGUCCAUGGAACCUGGAUCCUUCAACAGCUUUAUAGGCUACAGGCUUCACAAGGACGCAUUCCUCUCUGCACCCACAAAGUAAGAGUGUGUGCGUGUUUGCGGGCUGUUUCCGUAGCCGCGUUGCUUGCUCCUCUCCUGCGUACUGUAAUGCUGGCCAGCCUGCAUAAUAUUUUUUGGGGAUCUUCAAAGGCUCUGCUCGGAGAGCCCUGUGCCAAGAGCGCUUUGCCAGCCCUGUUUGUUGUUGCAAUUUGUAGAAUAUGAGGUGUUAGGAAGAGAAAAUGAUUUGGUUUAGAGUGUAAUGCUUUGAACACACCGACUGCGUCAUUGGGCAAAAUAGCAUGCAGCAUCAUCUAGAUAUGUGUGCAACAAAAGUUCAACAUUCACCUUCUGCUACCAUUUCUGUCAACCCGUUUACGCAUACAGAACGCACUGCAAUUGCCUCUGCAAUGCAAUACUGUAAGGCAAACGCAGUGUUCCAUUGGAAAUGAAUGUACUUCUGUUGUACCAAAACGCAAUGACGCAGUCUGUGUGUUCAAAGCAUAAAGCUCCCAGGGUAGGCCCCUCUGCCACAUAUGUCAUAGAGGGAGCAACAAAAGCAGCCGGAGGUCAAGAGCCCAGCUCUUUAUUAGGCCCAUUAAAAUGUAUUCAAGCAAAUGCUGAGCUGCUCAAGAGUUCUGCUCUAACCUCUUAGGCACGAGCAUGCUUAGUUAAUUUAUCCUUAAUGAUCCGUAUUUGUGCGUGGGUAAGCCAUUGACUUCAUGUGCACGAAUGGAAACACUUCAAGCAGUAAAGUGGGGACGGAAAAUGCUUUCAAUAUGUCAGUAAUUUUUUGAGGCUGGGGUAGAACUGGCAACCAUUUUCAGGUUCUGUUGUCUACGUGACAGGGUGGAUAUUGUGUGUUUUUUUGGUUUAUGGUGUGGCUUUUAGAUGCCAACCUUGUUUCUCUGUGUCUUUGAUUUUCCAGGAGUUACAAAGGAUGUAGUGUUUCAUCCUGGCCAAAGGCUCUAUAGAUUACGAUUGGCUAUCUUAAUUCAAACAGGUUUUAGUGGACCCUCACGUUGCUCAAAGAUUUAUGAUUAUCUGAUUAACUGACUUAAGUCAACAUUUUGCAUGCCAAAUGAAUACAGCUAGUGAUCAGAUAUUCUCAGGGUUGGUAUCUAUUAAGUUGACCAUCUUACAGAAGAGAAUCCCUUGACACCUGUAUCCUGUAUUUUUCCUCCUGCCAGGGAGAUCCACCCAGAGGGUCUUUCUCCAUCCUACACCAUUAUCCUGCUCUUCCGGCUUCUUUCUGACACCCCCAACCAGGCCUUUGAUAUCUGGCAGAUUGCCGACAGCAACAACAACCCUGAGGUCGGGGUCACUGUCAACCGUAAGCCCCCAUCGUGCUUUGUUUCUCUUCUGGGUUAGCUGAAGCUACCCAACAGCUAUGGACUGAUUCCCCUCCUUACUGCAUCAAAUAACAGUCUUUAGAAACUUAGACCAGUGUAAUGAUUAGUAGGCUGCUACAGUCCACUGAUCCCCUCUAGGGAAGCAUUUUGGUUUGGCACUGACUUUUCACACUCUGUGUGUAUUUACAAGUCCAUACGUGUUCACUUGUGUGCCUAAGUUUGAGAUUAAGUAUUGUACCAAAGUAUUCACUUCCUACGUAAGUGUUCACUUGUGAGGGCCAUCUUCCCUGUAGCCCUCUCUCUCUCUCUCUCUCUCUCUCUCUCUCUCUCUCUCUCUCUCUCUCUCUCUCUCUCUCUCUCUCUCUCUCUCUCUCUCUCUCUCUCUCUCUCUCUCUCUCUCUCUCUCUGCUCUCUCGCUCUCUCUCUCUGCUCUCUCUGUGUCUGCUUCCAUGUGCGUUGCAUGACCUCCCUGUAAUGCAUGGUUAGGGGUCCAUCUGAAGCCAUCGUUCCCUCUUUUCAGCUUCCAGCAAAACAAUCACGUUCUACAACAAGGACACCAGAGGGGAGAUCCAAAGAGCCACGUUUAAUGAGGAUCAAGUGAAGAGAGUUUUCCAUGGGAGCUUCCACAAGGUAAACACAAUUUCACUUGAAUGGAAACGGUUUGUGGGCCAUAUGGUGACACUAAGGCUUGGCAGAGGAGUCACAUAUCUUGGCCUAUUUUUCUGGUUGAAUUUCCCAAGGACAUACAGAUCCGCAAUAAUCAGCAAUAAUUUGGGAUAAUAACAUCCAAAACACCAGGUUCCAAAGAUACAUAUUCACAUGAAUAAUUAAUUUAUGUGGUAAAAUGUUUAGAUACAUUUUCAGGGUAGAGUAGACGCCCUGUCUGGGAUGUGUACCUUGAUAUGGUCACCACCUAUGAUAGAUGUGUUCUGUCUUUAUUGUCGGUCAUGUCUGUUCAUAGUUGAUGUUUCUGUUGAUUAGUGUUAUGCAUCAUUAAGUUCACCUCCUGAGGUGAUGAUCUUGUUGAUAAUCAACGCCAAGACUAAGAUCUAGCUAGGAUCUGAUUACCUUCCUCUCAUGAAAUUAAAUGUGAUCCAUGUUAUAGUAUUGCGAUAUUCAGGUGGGAAUUAAAGAAAAUUCUGAGGAAGUGGGCUGUUAUUGGAUCAGUGUUUGUUUUGUUUUACCUCGCUUAUGAUAAAUUAAACUCAAUACAUUGGGAAAAAAGCCAGGUCGUGCUAUUGGACCGCAUAACAGAAAGCUAGCUGCGUGUGCCCAAUGAGGGAUUUUCAGGAGUAUUUGCUGCUUGAAUCAAAUUAUCUGUCAAAAAAAAUGCAUUUCCUGCUUCAACAGACAGUUUCUAACAGUCAGAGAAAAUCUGAAUAAACUGAUGAAAUGGACAAAAAAAAUUCAACAAGCUCAGAGUAUAGAGCAUCUUCUAUACAUCUUCCUGCCUCUGAAUGUGGAUUCCCAUUUUGGCCCUAAUACUCUUCUAUGUUGGGAUUACAAUAUCAAGUCCCAGUGGGGGUCAGUGAGUACAUAGCUAGAGUCAUUACUGUACAUGACUGCAAACAUCCAUCAGUCACUCAAGGCUUUCCAACCCUGUUGAAAUAACACUGUAGAUUAUGCCAUUAUUGUUUAAAAAGCCAUUGUUCCUCUAGAAUGAUUUUGUCAGUGUUUUACAACCGUGAUAUACAGUGUUUUUGCCACAUUCUGGGUAAUUCAGUCACAGCAGGAGUAGAGGAGCUCACGUGGGACAUCAAACGCCAGCCCCAACUCAAAGCAGAGCAGAAUGUAAAACAUCCUCUGUUGUGCUCUGUUGUCAGUAAGAUGCAACUAAAAUUAAGAAAUUACUGUUUCCAAUGGACCUUAAGAAUGUUUCAAGUGUAUCCAAUGUUUCUGAAGGGGAACAAUACGCCUCCUAUUAUUUAAAAACUGAAGUUAUUCCGUUUUCUAAAAACACAUAAUGAGGACCCUCCCUCUAGUGUGGUCUACUCUGAUCUGACAUCGAAUGUACUUCCUAGGGUAAACACUUAGAAGUUAUGAAGGAGAAUGUUUUGCCCGUAGAACCUCAAGUUAAUGUAGUUUCAGUCAGACCGCUAAGCAGCAAGGCUAAUUACAGGCAAACGUUAUGAAUGGAAACCUGGAAAAUGUCGGGUCAGUGCUAUACCCGAUGACAUGACUAACAUUAGUACAAUUACAUCAUCAGAGCUCCAGUUGGAUGUGUGUGCUUCUUUUCUCUUCCUAUGGCUGUGGCGGUGCCUGCAGUCUGAGUGUUCUCUGGGUGCUUAGUUUGUGGUACUGUGUAGUUACUGCUCCAAGCGAAAGGGUGUCUUCGGUGGUCUACCUACCUGCUUUUUUGCUGGUCAGGGAAACUAUUUGCCACUCAAAGAAAACGUAAAAACACACUAAAAUGUAGCAUGUAUAGUGUGUGCCCUACCUCAGAGCAGUUCAUAUCUUUUGAUUAUUAACUCAGAAUAGAUUGUUAUGAGACUCAAUAGAUUAUAGGUGUUCCCCUCCCCUCAACUAUUUCUCUCACAAAAUGAAUUGUUAAUACUUACUAAGAUCAGACAUGUCCAUAGGGAAAUAUGAAACAACUAACCCAAACCAACCCUCAUCUCUAUUCCUAGUCUGACCCAUGCUCUCAUUUGAACUAUAGUCCUAAUAUUUGCUACGUGUAGUAAAAUGUGUAGGGUGUAGCUACUUCAUAUAGUUUAAUAGCAAUGUGCAUGUUACAGAGUGCAGACUGAUCUACCUCUCCUUUCUCAUUGGGCCAGUAGCUAAAUAAAGAAAUAUCCAGGUUAGAGGUCUGUCUCUCCUCUGAUUCACCAUGUGGGAAAUCUCCUAAUGAUUGCUUUAGCAGACACUAGCCCUCUCUAACCAACCAUGGAUUCCCUCCCCACACUGCAGGGGGGGGGGGGGGGGGGGGGUGGUCUUAGAGGGACUUUUGACCAGGGGAAACUUUAUUCUCAGGCAAAGAGCAUUCCACUACAAAAGAAACACAAGCAUUUCGCUACACCCGCAAUAACAUCUGCUAAAUAUGUGUAUGUGACCAAUCAAUUUUGAUUUGAUUUGAUUUGAAAGGGGGAAUGUUUUUCACCAACUUAUAUACUGUAUGUAUCAUCGGUGCAAAUUUUUUUUUGCGUUUGGUUGCGAUCAAGUGUAAAUAUCAAUGUUCUUUUGUGGUUUUGGUAAUAGCUAUAUAUAGUCAGUCCAUCCACUCUGCAGGUUCCCCAUACUUAGAGCUUCACAAAUGCAGCUAUUAUUCUCUGAGAGGACCCAAACUCUCUCACACUUUCCAUUCAGGGAUUGGGUGGAAUGAGUGGUUGGGUUUUGUCAGUAUUUGCAUGCACUAAUUGAGAAUGAGUGGGAGAAGAGAAUGCUCCUUAAGAACCAAAGCCGUUUAAAACGUUAGUCUUCGAUCAAUCUAACUGAUACAUUUCCAUAGCCCUGACUGCCCUCUUUGUACUCUCAUUAUAAGUGUUUCCUCUGAUGCCUUCUUUUAAAAGCCCUCCAUUCCUCGAGGUAGCCAAGCAGACUUAAUGACGCAUGCAACCAUUCCUGCAACAGAAGAAGCCACUCAGAAAUGAAAUGGUGACUUUACAACCAAAGCUAAGCAAGCUCCUUUUCGGAAACAGAAUGGGAAUAUUGUAUUGUCCUCCAAGACUGGACAUGGGAGCAUAGAUGUCUGGAAUGAUAUGGCGGCAGUGGUAUACAUAAAGCAGGACUUUGUCUCUUCCUAGAAAAAGUUGGUGAGUUCUGUCAAUGCAAAUUGGCAGUGCAUCAAAAAUGUCAGGAAAGUGAAAGAUAGUUCCACUUUUGCUUUUAAUCAAACUAAUGUAGGAUUCCCAUCUCAGGCUGCAUGUGAAUUGUGAUUUCACGGCCAUCAGGGCUCAGGAGUGAAAACAUGGCGGAGUCGUGAAGACACAGCCAAGAACAAUAAAAUGGAGACUGAUAGAAAUCAUGAAAAUCUGUCAGACACACUGGAACCAGCGGUAAAGAAGAAGACAAAAUAUAACCAUAUAUACUGUUGCUAUGUCUGUGGACUGGACACCUAGUUCUGAUAUAGCAUAUGACUACAGUAUACCAGAGGGAGAAUCCAUACUAGUGUGAAUGGAGUGCUGAAAAAGAGAUGUGUCCAGGAUGUGUCAUUGUCCAGGGGAAUUAUAGUCAGAGGGAGGGAGGAGUAAAUAAGUAUAAUUGUGACUUGGUCGGUCAAGGUGGAAGUCAAGGUCUGGUCUUUCUUGACUCCUGAGGUUUUUGAUCCAUUCAGAUUUUCAUAAUCUGUGUCAGUGUGAUAGAUUUCUCAGGCCUUUGUUAGAGAAUGAGCCAUUGUGUGACUCAUUGAUUGUGAUCCAAUAGAAUACGCUUCGUGUUCCCCAACAUCAGCCAACUUCAGUUUAUGGAAUUUCAUGUUGCUUUCAAAUGCAGAUGGCGCCGGAGGAGAUGGCCUUAAACAAUUGUGCAAUUAUGUGUGUUUCUUCGCAUUAUUUGUAAUUUAUUCUGUACAUAAUGUUUCUGCCACUGUCUCUUAUGACCAAAAAGAGCUUCUGGAUAUCAGGACAGCAAUUACUCACCUCGUAUUGGACGAAGAUUUGUUCUUCAACGAGUCGGACGCGAAGGAUAUUCUACAGACACCUGACAAGGCCUAAAUCCCUGUCAUUCGCAUGAGAAAGAGACGGAGAUAUUGUGGACGUAGGUCGGGGUGCCUUGUAAAGAUCCGAUGGCGAGCGAGUAAUCUGCCUCUUCCAUCAAUCCUAUUAGCCAACGUACAAUAAUUGGAAAACAAAAUGGACGACCUAAGAACAAGGAUAUCCUACCAACUGUAAUAUCUUAUGUUUCACCAAGUCGUGGCUGAACGACGACAUGGAUAACAUACGGGAUAUACGCUACAUCGGCAGGAUAGAACAUUUGACUCCGGUAACACAAGGGGUGGCGGUCUGUGUAUAUUUAUAAACAACAGCUGGGGCACGAAAUCUAAUACUAAGAAAGUCUCGAGGUUUUGCUCGCCUGAGGUAGAGGAUCUCAUGAUAAGCUGUAGACCACACUAUUUACUGGCACUAAGAUUGCACUCAAUGAGCUGUAUAAGGCCAUCAGCAAACAGGAAAACGCUCAUCCAGAGGCAGCGCUCCUAGUGGCCGGGGACUUUAAUGUAGGGAAACUUAAAUCCGUUCUACCUAAUUUCUACCAGCAUGUUAAAUGUGCAACCAGAGGGAAAAAAACUCUAGACCACCUUUACUCCCCACACAGAGACACGUACAAAGCUCUCCCUCGCCCUCCAUUUGGCAAAUCUGACCAUAAUUCUAUCCUCCUGAUUCCUGCUUAUGAACAAAGACUAAAGCAGGAAGCACCAGUGACUCGGUUAAUAAGGAAGUGGUCAGAUGACGCAGAUGCUAAGCUACAGGACUGUUUUGCUAGCACAAACUGAAUAUGUUCCGGGAUUCUUCUGAUGGCAUUGAGGAGUACACCACAUCAGUCACUGGCUUCAUCAAUAAGUGCAUCGAUGACGUCGUCCCCACAUUGACCGUAUGUACAUACCCCAACCAGAAGCCAUGGAUUACAGGCAACAUCCGCAUUGAGCUAAAGGGUAGAGCUGCCGCUUUCAAGGAGCGGGACUCUAACCCGGAUGCUUAUAAGAAAUCCCGCUAUGCCCUCAUACGAACCAUCAAAGAGGCAAAGAGUCAAUACAGGACUAAGGUUGAAUCAUACUACACCGGCUCCGACACUCGUUGGAUGUGGCAGGGCUUGCAAACUAUUACAGACUACAAAGGGAAGCACAGCCGUGAGCUGCCCAGUGACACGAGCCUACAAGACGAGCUAAAUCAGUUCUAUAAUCGCUUCAAGGCAAGCAACGCUGAAGCAUGCAUGAGAGCAUCAGCUGUUCCGGAUGACUAUGUGAUCAUGCUCUCCGUAGCCGAUGUGAGUAAGACUUUUAAGCAAAUCAACAUUCACAAGACCGCAGUGCCAGACGGAUUACCAAUACGUGUACUCCGAGCAUGCGCUGACCAACUGGCAAGUGUCUUCACUGACAUUUUCAACAUGUUCCUGACUGAGUCUGUAAUACCAACAUGUUUCAAGCAGAACACCAUAGUCCCUGUGCCCAAGAACACUAAGAUAACCUGCCUAAAUGACUACCGACCUGUAGCACUCACGUCUGUAGCCAUGAAGUGCUUUGAAAGGCUGGUCAUGACUCACAUCAACACCAUUAUCCCAGAAACACUAAACACACUCUAAUUUGCAUACCGCCCCAACAGAUCCACAGAUGAUGCAAUCUCUAUUGCACUCCACACUUCCCUUUCCCACCUGGACAAGAGGAACACCUACGUGAGAAUGCUAUUCAUUGACUACAGCUCAGCGUUCAACACCAUAGUGCCCUCAAAGCUCUUCACUAAGCUAAGGACCCUGGGACUAAAGACCUCCCUCUACAACUGGAUCCUGGACUUCCUGACGGGCCGCCCCCAGGUGGUAAGGGUAGGUAACAACACAUCUGCCACGCUGAUCCUCAACACAGGAGCCCCUCAGGGGUGCGUGGUCAGUCCCCUCCUGUACUCCCUGUUCACCCAUGACUGCAUGUCCAGGCACGACUCCAACACCAUCAUUAAGUUUGCCGACGACACAACAGUGGUAGGCCUGAUCACCGACAACAAUGAGAUAGCCUAUAGGGAGGAGGUCAGAGACCUGGCUGUGUGGUGUCAGGAUAACAACCUCUCCCUCAAUGUGAUCAAGACAAAGGAGAUGAUUGUGAACUACAGGGAAAAAAAAGAUGACUGAGCACGCCCCCAUUCUCAUUGACAGGGCUGUAGUGGAGCAGGUUGAGAGCUUCAAGUUCCUUGGUGUCCACAUCACCAACAAACUAUUUGGGUCCAAACACACCAAGACAGUCGUGAAGAGGGCACGACAAAACCUAUUCCCCCACAGGAGACUGAAAAGAUUCGCCAUGGGUCCUCAGAUCCUCAAAAAGUUAUACAGCUGCACCUUCGAGAGCAUCCUGACUGGUUGCAUCACCGCCUGGUAUGGCAACUGCUCGGCCUCCGACCACAAGGCACUACAGAGGGUAGUGCAUACGGCCCAGUACAUCACUGGGGCCAAGCUUCCUGCCAUCCAGGACCUCUAUACCAGACGGUGUCAAAGGAAGGCCCUAAAAAUUGUCAGCGACUCCAUCCACCCUAGUCAUAGACUGUUCUCUCUGCUACCGCACGGCAAGUGGUACCGGAACCCCAAGUCUAGGUCCAAAAGGCUUCUUAACAGCUUCUACCCCCAAGCCAUAAGACUCCUGAACAGCUAAUCAUGGCUACCCGAACUGUUUGCAUUGUCCCCCCCACCUCACCCCACCCCACCCCCUCUUUUACGCUGCUGAUACUCUGUUUAUUAUCUAUGCAUAGUCACUUUAACUCUACCCACAUGUAGAUAUUACCUCAAUUACCUCGACUAACCGGUGCCCCCGCACAUUGACUCUGAACCGGCACCCCCUGUAUAUAGCCUCCUUGCUGUUAAUUUAUUUUACUGCUGCUCUUUAAUUAUUUUUUUAUUUUAUUUUUUUACUUAGCAAUUUUUUUUCUUAAAACUGCAUUGUUGGUUAAGGGCUUGUAAGUAAGCAUUUCACUAUAAGGUCUAAACCUGUUGUAUUCUGGGCAUUGGCAAAUAAAAUUUGAUUUGAUUUGAAAUGAUGAGUCUCGGUGAAGGACACUGACAUUUCCGUGAAUCUUAAUUUUCCAGUAAUAUUCUUGUUGGUUAGUGAGGUAAUGCCUUGCAAAAGUAAAUAAUGUUUUUUUAUCAAUUAGUAUAUUUGAGUUUAACCACAAUAUUUGUUGCAUUAUUUAACCACAAUAUUUGUUGCAUCAACUGGGUUCUUAGUUUAUGGUACAAGACACCUGAAGAAUUGUGCUUUUAUUUCAAAGGACAAACAUGCCUCUCCAUAGGAGAGAGAGGCUCUCUUUUAUUGCAGAAAUACCAUGUCAAAAACACUGAAGUCUUUCAGUACUCUUUGCCAAGCCAUGAUGUCAAAAUAUUGUUGCUGUUGUUGUUCAUAUUGAGAAGACUAGAGUGGUCUUAACUAAUAAUCCUAUUCUCCUCCUCCUCCUUCUCCUCCUCCUCCUUCUCCUCCUCCUCCUCCUUCUCCUCCUCCUAAAGCUUCACAUCAGUGUCUCUCCCGAGAGGGUCAAACUGAACGUGGACUGCCAAGAGGUUGCAGAGAAACCCAUCAAGGAGGCCAACAACAUCUCCACAGACGGCUAUGAAGUGCUGGGCAAGAUGGCGAAGUCAGGAGGAUCAAAGAGAGAGUCGGCUACAGUGAGUGAAACAGUUACAACACUUAAUUAAUAAAAUGCAUCCCUCACUCACACACAAGCUGUUGGUGUGAACUGUGAUGUGCAAAGUGCCCAGAUGUGCUCCUCAUGUGUUGAUGCUCAAUUUAGAGCUGACAACUCACGGUCAUUGUUAAAGGGAUGAAAGACGCUGCUCUCUCUGUCUUGUUCUAUCAUGCUAUCUGUGUUCCAGCUCUCUGUGGGUUCUGGCCUGCGUCUGGAGCCAUGUUGUUUCUAAGUCCUGAACGCUGGAGCUCAAUGGAAGCCAUGUGUAACGCCCAUCUGUGUUCGUCUCUCUCUUCUCUCAUCUUUCUGUUCUGUUGUGCAGUUCCAGCUCCAGAUGUUUGAUAUUGUAUGCAGCUUGAGCUGGACCAGCAGAGACAAAUGCUGUGACCUCCCGGCCACGGUAAGAGCAGCUUCACUGUAGACGGCCCUCUAGUAAGGCCUCAUACCUGUACAGUACCAUCAAGCCUUGGCACAUUGACUCUGCUCAUCUUUCACUAUAUACCAUUGAGCACUUACUAUAUGUUAAGAGAGCCAUUGAGUCUUGCAUGUUAUUUUAGAGUUUAUAUGUCAUUCCUAAUGUUUAAGUGUGCACAUGCUGUAUAGCCAUUAUGUCUGAUGCCUAGCUGGCAAAACAGUCAGGCAUGAAUAGACCAUUGCAUUUCUCGCUAAUUGGACUAAUCUCAGUACAGUUUUACAAUCCCAACCCCACCAAAACAACUGGUCCCUUUGAUCAUGUGGUAGACAGAUAAAUCAUUGUAACCAUCUAUGGUAUGUUUAUUACUGGAUACAUGUUAUGUACUUGACUAUAGCCAAUUACCCAUCUCGAUCUCUCUCUCAAUGUAAUUUGCAUGAGAUAUUAAUAUAUCAUGUCAAUGAAUAUUGAGUUGUGUAAGAUGUCACAUACUGUAUUCCCUUCCAUGAAAAACAGAUGGAUUUUUUGUUGUCAAAGAGUAUUUGUGUGUAGGCCAUGCUAUGGUAGCAGUCAUAUUUCAGAAUUCACCCCAGUUUUAUAAUGGCUUUAGCAGCCUUUCUAAUGUGUUUCCUAGAAGAAACUUCAAUGCACCAUUUUAUGGUUUGGGUUGCCAGAGCAGUGGCUCUCAUUUUCAUCACAGAUACUCCUAUCUGCACUUGUUGUAUUCUGUGGGUUAGCAGAAAGGCCAACAGAUGUCAAGAGAUGGACAUACUAUUAAUGUUGUAUUUCAGUAAAGUAAAAAAUAAACAUUCUUAUUGACUUUCUUUCUUUCGCCAUCAACUUCCUUUCUCUACUGCAGAGAGAUGAGCUUAAAUGCCCGGCUCUUCCCCACGCCUGCACAUGUGCACAGGACAGCGUUGGCCCUCCGGGACCACCCGGCCCCUCGGUAAAGACAUUAACCAUCCCUCCGUCUGUCCUCGCCUGGUGGCAAAGCUCUCUCUCUACUCACUAAUGUGAUGAUGAUGUCACUCUCAGUCCCCACUAUGAUGAUGUGGACAUAUCCAACCUGGAUAAUAGGAAUAGUGUUGCAGGGGUAUUUUUCUCCUCAUAACUGUUACCCUGUUCUAUAGAUUAAGCAUGUGGAUAUUAGAGUGGGGACAUCAUGUGAGUAUCUGUGUUUCUUUCCAUGGAAAACAAAAUAGAUGGGGAUGAGAUUAAUGGUGUGCGAUGAGGUGUGGACUAUCAGGCUUAGGGAUGUGUCAAAAGAUAAAUGCCCAUCGUAAAAACAGGAAAUCUGGAAUAUGUUUUCUUCACUCCGCAACCUCUCUAAGCCCCUGUGGGGAUUCCUGCUGGCUUGGGGUUUAGGUCUGUAAGCAGCUCCUGUUGUGGGGAUGGCUCAGACUCUGUCUUUGACUCUGUCUCUCAUCCUUUCUUGACUUUCUCAGGGUGGACCAGGUACUAAAGGACCCAGAGGAGAGAGAGGAGACUCAGGCCCAACUGUAAGUAAUCAAGCCAUUUAACACACACUUGGAUCGAGAGUGAUUAAUAGGAUAUUAUGGAUGUGUGGUCCAAGCCUGAAUCCAACUUUAAAUCAAGCCAUAUCCUAGUGAGCUGGGAUACAGUCCAAGGCCUAAUGCAUUUACAGUAAAUCAGAGUUCAGUCUAAUGCAGUAGUGAUCUCAAAGCAGAUACCAUUAGCAUGCCCAAUCAGACAAAACAGAUUUCUCACAUCUGAACUCACUUAUUGAAUGUACUGUAUAAUUAUCUGCUUGAUUUGUCAUGUUUAUUUUCCCCCAGCUUGAUUUAAGGAGGUCUGUGUUGAGAGGUCUGAUGAGAAAUAUAACAUAUUUCUCACCAACAGUCACUGAUUGUUCUGGUUCCUUCUCAUUCUCUCAGCCCUGCUGUGGAAAGCAGUGGGGAGGUCUACAGGGAGAUAUGGUGUAAAUAGUUUAGUAUUAGUGUGACUGUUUGGUUUUGUCAUUCUUCUACCAUAGGGUUCAAUGGGCCCCCGUGGAGAACAAGGACUUCCAGGACCAUCCGGACCUCCAGGUCCACAAGGCCCUAACGGCUUGUCUCUGCCUGGAGAACCUGUAAGUCAUCUGCAAUGUUCUUAGGGAUUUACAGUGUGGGGGACUGUAGGAUGUCCUCCCUGACGUAUGAUUUACACACACAGUCACUAUGCGUUAAGAAGACCUUAUUUAUUCCUAGACAUCCUCCUAAAGAUGGGAUGUAAAUUCACUCUCAGUGACAGACUACGUCAGCAAGAGAAAGAGAUCUGUAGUUGUUCAGGGUUGGAGUUCCCUUUGUACUCCAGCUCUAAACCAAUCCUUCCCUUCGUCUUCCCAGGGCCGUCCCGGACCAAAGGGAGAUCCCGGAGACUCAGGCCUGACUGGGCUGAAAGUGAGUACAGCUCUCUUUUUCAUUAGCUGUGGUUUUCAACAAGAAACCAGAGACGAUCCACAGAGAGAAACAGUGCUACUGGAGCCUGGAAUCUGUCCACAUGGCAACGCUGAAACCACAUUCAAAGUGGGAGGUAGACCAUGAAGUCCCCAGAGUGGGGUAUACACUCCAAGCAACCUGCUGAUUGACAGUGGAAGGCCAGUGGUGCAGUUAAGCUAUCAUGGGGCACAGAAUAGUGUUGCCAAUGGGAAUAGAGGAUUAAUAUGAACUGUACAGUCGUGGUCAAAAGUUUUGAGAAUGACACAAAUACUAAUUUUCACAAAGUCUGCUGCCUCAGUUUUGAUGAUGGCAAUUUGCAUAUACUCCAGAAUGUCAUGAAGAGUGAUCAGAUGAAUUGCAAUUAAUUGCAAAGUUCCUCUUUGCCAUGAAAAUGAACUUAAUCCCCAAAAAACAUUUCCACUGCAUUUCAGCCCUGCCACAAAAGGACCAGCUGCCAUCAUGUCAGUGAUUCUCUCGUUAACACAGGUGAGAGUGUUAACGAGGACAAGGCUGGAGAUCACUCUGUCAUGCUGAUUGAGUUAGAAUAACAGACUGGAAGCUUUAAAAGGAGGGUGGUGCUUGAAAUCAUUGUUCUUCCUCUGUUAACCAUGGUUACCUGCAAGGAAACACGUACCGUUAUCAUUGCUUUGCACAAAAAGGGCUUCACAGGCAAGGAUAUUGCUGCUAGUAAUAUUGCACCUAAAUCAACCAUUUAUCGGAUCAUCAAGAACUUCAAGGAGAGAGGUUCAAUUGUUGUGAAGAAGGCGUCAGGGUGCCCAAGAACGUCCAGCAAGCACCAGGACCGUCUCCUAAAGUUGAUUCAGCUGCGGGAUCGGGGCACCACCAGUGCAGAGCUUGCUCAGGAAUGGCAGCAGGCAGGUGUGAGUGCAUCUGCACGCACAGUGAGGCGAAGACUUUUGGAGGAUGGCCUGGUGUCAAGAAUGGCAGCAAAGAAGCCACUUCUCUCCAGGAAAAACAUCAGGGACAGACUGAUAUUCUGCAAAGGGUACAGGGAUUGGAUUGCUGAGGACUGGGGUAAAGUCAUUUUCUCUGAUGAAUCCCCUUUCCGAUUGUUUGGGGCAUCCGGAAAACACCUUGUCCAGGGGAAGACAAGGUGAGCGCUACCAUCAGUCCUGUGUCAUGCCAACAGUAAAGCAUCCUGAGACCAUUCAUGUGUGGGGUUGCUUCUCAGCCAAGGGAGUGGGCUCACUCACAAUGUUGCCUAAGAACACAACCAUGAAUAAAGAAUGGUACCAACACAUCCUCCGAAAGCAACUUCUCCCAACCAUCCAAGAACCAAGAACAGUUUGGUGACAACCAAUGCCUUUUCCAACAUGAUGGAGCACCUUGCCAUAAGGCAAAAGUGAUAACUAUGUGGCUCGGGGAACAAAACAUCUACAUUUUGGCCAGGAAACACCCCAGACCAUAAUCCCAUUGAGAACUUGUGGUCGAUCCUCAAGAGGCAGGUGGACAAACAAAAACCCACAAAUUCUGACAAACUCCAAGCAUUGAUUAUGCAAGAAUGGGCUGCCAUCAGUCAGGAUGUGGCCCAGAAGUUAAUUGACAGCAUGCCAGGGCGGAUUGCAAAGGUCUUGAAAAAGAAGGGUCAACACUGCAAAUAUUGACUCUUUGCAUAAACUUAAUGUAAUUGUCAAUAAAAGCCUUUGACACUUAUGGAAUGCUUGUAAUUAUACUUCAGUAUUCCAUAGUAAAAUCUGACAAAAAUAUCUCAUAACACUGAAGCAGCGAACUUUGUGAAGACCAAUACUUGUGUCAUUCUCAAAACUUUUGACCACGACUGUACAUGUUCCACUACUGUCCUGCAACUGUAAACCCUAUACUGUAAACCCUAUACUGUAAACCCUAUAGUCAUGGCUAAAAAAAGGGAAUUGUAGACUACACUCCUAGAAAAAAAGGUGCUAUCUAGAACCUAAAAGGGUUAUUCGGCUGUCCCCAUAGGAUAACCAUUUGAAGAACCCUAUUUGGUUCCAUGUAGAACCCUUUCCCCAGUGCUGAAUGACCGGCCCCUGGAUUUCAAAGAUUGGAGGGAUUAUCCUGUGACGUCAAUAAUGAGCAUCAUUUAGUUGAGAAUCACUCACCCCCAUCAAGGACGACUUUACUUUGGGAAUAUGAGACGCCCCUGAAUCCUAACAAUUACCCUGUGAUGUUAAUAAUACUUGAGAAUAAUUUCAUUGAGAAUCUCUCAUCGCAUUAAGAUGUUAUGACUAUAGCAGCCUUGGCUGUCGAAAGCUCCUGCUAACAACAUGCAUUUCAACAACCCAAAUCAAGUAUCCUAAUGUACUGGCACUAAGUUGCAUCAGAGAAGUCUAUCAUUUUCUCACUAAAUCACAAGGAAACUAGAGACCAGUUAUUACAGAGUAAAACUAGUAAGUGUCAUUUCUGGCAAUAUGAAAAGGCAAUUUUGGGCCAUUUGGUCCGAUGUGUGUGUUAUUACUGGUUAUCAGAGUUUGAUUGAGUGUGUUGUGUUCCUGCAGGGUUCUGCUGGUGCUGCUGGUCCUAUGGGUCCUGUUGGACCAGGUGGAGUGAGGGUAAGAUCAGCCUCUCUGGGGCUCUACACAGAGCUGCUCAGUGUACAGGCCCUGUUGAAAGGCCAUGAAUCUAGCCAGCACCUACUUAAGCACGUGUGCAUGUGAUCACCUACUUAACUCAACGUGUGCAGCUAAACUGUUGUGUGCUCCUAGUAUUCUGGUGCAUGUCAGAUGAUGUCGUUGGGCUCCAUUAGAAUGGCGCAGUAUAACACACUACAGAGAUUAGAGAGGUCCUGGUUUAUUUCACUGAAUUUUUUUAGUCCCAUCUCUUGGAAGCACCACCAGUUUUACAGCACCAUAAAACGUACAGUACAUAUAUACAGAAAUAAAGUUAAUGUUGACAACAUACCUUUAACACAAAAACAACUUAAUGCCAACUGUUAUUGCUGCCUGUUUGUGAUUGGCUAUCUUCUCUUCCCAGGGACCACCAGGGAAGGAAGGACCAUCGGGACCUAGAGGUCCAACAGGACCGAUGGUGAGUACUGUAGCUAGGAGACGUGGUCAAAACACAGACAAACUCAGUCCUUCAGUCAGUAAUAAGGAUAAAGCAUGCAUCUCAUUCUCUCUACUAUGAUUGAGGCCUGCCUCUAGUUAAUGGCCACACCAUACCAAUAGGCAGAGGGCCAGCAUGCCAUUCAUAUAUAGCCUACUUUACCAUUCGGUCUGCUCUGAGGUCCAUUAAGCAUCCCAUCCCUGUUGGGAGUGUUUCUACCCACUUAAAGGAAAAUUCCACAUCUAUCUGUUUCAUUAUUCCAUUGUUGAUAUAGUCCCAAAAUGUUUUGCUUGUCUGCAAUCAAGUUUUCAAGAUAUAUAACUUUCAAAGUAUGGAAAUACAGCCGAUAAUGAAACGAAUACCAAAAUAUAGUUUUUGGGUGGCGUUGUCCUUUAUAUGUUCUUGGCACAGUAUACCAAGUGGUGCCUUGACUGUGGAUGUACAUCUCAGUAUAGGGCUGGUCCCUAUUAUACAACAGGCUAUUUAACUGAGACCAGGAGUGGUUGUUGUCCUUAUGUUUACUGCUGGGUAACUUUGGUAAGAUGAUGUAACAAUAACGCUGUCCAUCUUCUCAUCAUCCAGGGAAGUCCAGGAUCUCCGGGUUCACCAGGAAACACAGGAAGCCCAGGAAAACCAGGAGACACAGGAAACCCAGUAUGUACAAAUACAAGGGGUCAUAUGGUGAUGAUGUAUGUUUCAUCAAGGUCAGCAGAGCCCCUAGCCAUCUUCCAAAAACAUCUGAAAUUCUACCUCUUCAAAGAGUGUCUUCAAUCAUCCCACCUCAUUCGAUUAAAUUGGAAAACGUUAACCAACUUCCUAUUUCAUAGUGUAUUUGUGGUGCUUUGUUGCAAAUCUCAUACAAAUGAAUGGCAUUCUUGUUAUUGAGAACAUCCAUGUUUCCUCUUUUUCACAGGGAUUGGCUGGAAUAAAAGGAGAAAAGGGAGAGAGGGUAUGUACUGUAUCCUUUAGUCCAGGGCUAGGCAACUAGAUUCAGCCGCGGGCUGAUUUUUUGUCAGAGCCGAUGUUCAGUGGGCUGGAACAUAAGUAUAAUAAUUUGUAUACUGCAAAUUGACCACAACUAAGGCCCAAAAUAGGUUGUAUUUGAAAAUAACAACCAUUUUAUACCUUAAUUACAUGGAGAUACGAUCACAUCUCUUUUUUUAUUAGUGGGAAUACUUGGUGAACAGAUUUCCUAAAUGAAACUCAUUUUUAGCUGAAUUCCUGGUGAUUUUAGUCAUAUUUUGACCAAAAACUAAAAUCCUAAAAACGUUGGGAGGUGCUUUUGUUUUGCCCAGCCGGACACCUGUAGUCGACCCCUGCUUUAGUCACUUCAUAACUUCUCAGAGUAGCAUAACCUUGUCUCACCAAAAUGUGUUUGUUUUCCAGGGAGACUUUGCAUCUCAGAAUCUGAUGCGCUCCAUUGCCAGACAAGUUUGUGAACAGCUUGUGAAUAGUGAGUUCCUAUCUAGACCUUCAUAAACUAGCAUUGGUUGGGUACACCUACACACACAUACAAUGUACACAAAUAAACCAUCUAUGUGAUUUUGCGAUGUGCCUUGAUCAUAUCUUCAUUAAUUCCUCUCAGGUCAAAUGAGCAGAAUUAAUAAUAUGAUCAACCAGAUCCCCACCGGUUACUCUAGCAACAACCCGGGCCCUGCAGGCCCCCCUGGUCCCGCAGGCAACACGGGUCCUCGUGGAGAACCUGGACAGACUGGCCGAAACGGUUUCCCUGGAAACCCCGGCUUACCUGGAAACCAAGGAGAGAGAGGUGAUUGUGAUAGUGUGCCGUUUAUGUGUUUAUGUUUUUUGGCCUGUUUUAUUACUUCCUGUUUGUUUUUGUAUGGCUAGAAAGUAAAUUACAACCUAUCAGAGAUGCAAAACUUUAAGUUAUGACAGGACACGGUCCUCUUGUUUAUCCUAUGUAACAUCCUAGGAUAACGGUUGGUCUGUUCUUUGAGCCUGGAGUAGCAUUGCAACUUUUACAACAAUGGUACAAUUAAAUAAUGACAGGAGCACAAAGAUCAAAUGGCAGUUUCGAUUGCAAGCAAUUGUGCAUAACCACAUCUAGUCUAAAAAUAUAGAGUUCAUGACAUCAUGUAAAUAAUUGAUGGUCAUCUGCCAUCAAAUCAAUUUUUAUUUGCCACAUGCGCCGAAUACAACAGGUGUAGACAUUACCGUGAAAUGCUUACUUACAGCCCUUAACCAACAAUGCAUUUAUUUUUUAAUAAAAAGUGAAAUUUAACAACAACAACAAAAAAGUGUUGAGAAAAAAAGAGCAGAAGUAAAAUAAAAUAACAGUAGGGAGGCUAUAUACAGGGGGGUACCGGUGCAGAGUCAAUGUGCGGGGGCACCGGCUAGUUGAGGUAGUUGAGGUAAUAUGUACAUGUGGGUAUAGUUAAAGUGACUAUGCAUAAAUAAUUAACAGAGUAGCAGCAGCGUAAAAAGAUGGGGUGGGGAUGGGGGGCAGUGCAAAUAGUCUGGGUAGCCAUGAUUAGCUGUUCAGGAGUCUUAUGGUUUGGGGGUAGAAGCUGUUGAGAAGCCUUUUGGACCUAGACUUGGCGCUCCUGUUCCGCUUGCCGUGCGGUAGCAGAGAGAACAGUUUAUGAUUAGCGUGGCUGGAGUCUUUGACAAUUUUGAGGGCCUUCCUCUGACACCGCCUGGUAUAGAGGUCCUGGAUGGCAGGAAGCUUGACCCCAGUGAUGUACUGGGCCGUACGCACUACCCUCUGUAGCAGUUGCCAUACCAGGCGGUGAUGCAACCAGUCAGGAUGCUCUCGAUGGUGCAGCUGUAUAACUUUUUGAGGAUCUGAGGACCCAUGCCAAAUCUUUUCAGUCUCCUGAGGGGGAAUAGGCUUCACUUCCUACAGUAAAUCUGAUCCAUGCUACAAUUUACUCCAUCCUCAGACAUGCUCAUUUGUGGUUUUUAAAUAUUUUAUUUGACAGAUACAUGGGGCUGUACAAUGUGACCUUUUGUCAUUGCUAAUAACCUGUUGCCUGUGUAUCUGAUUGUGCUGUUGCAGGGAUGCCAGGAGAGAAGGGAGAGAGAGGAUCCCCUGGAACAGGACAGAGAGGACAGAGAGGACUCAGUGGUCCCCCUGGUAAGAUCUCGGCCAUCACUCCUCACUUCUCAUGUACAAUAACCCAUUUCACAGCUACAGUGAGGGAAAAAAGUAUUUGAUCCCCUGCUGAUUUUGUACAUUUGCCCACUGACAAAGACAUGAUCAGUCUAUAAUUUUAAUGGUAGGUUUAUUUGAACAGUGAGAGACAGAAUAACAACAAAAACAUCCAGAAAAACGCCUGUCAAAAAUGUUAUAAAUUGAUUUGCAUUUUAAUGAGGGAAAUAAGUAUUUGACCCCUCUGCAAAACAUGACUUAGUACUUGGUGGCAAAACCCUUGUUGGCAAUCACAGAGGUCAGACGUUUCUUGUAGUUGGCCAACAGGUUUGCACACAUCUCAGGAGGGAUUUUGUCCCACUCCUCUUUGCAGAUCUUCUCCAAGUCAUUAAGGUUUCGAGGCUGACGUUUGGCAACUCGAACCUUCAGCUCCCUCCACAGAUUUUCUAUGGGAUUAAGGUCUGGAGACUGGCUAGGCCACUCCAGGACCUUAAUGUGCUUCUUCUUGAGCCACUCCUUUGUUGCCUUGGCUGUGUGUUUUGGGUCAUUGUCAUGCUGGAAUACCCAUCCACGACCCAUUUUCAAUGCCCUGGCUGAGGGAAGGAGGUUCUCACCCAAGAUUUGACAGUACAUGGCCCCGUCCAUCGUCCCUUUGAUGCGAUGAAGUUGUCCUGUCCCCUUAGCAGAAAAACACCCCCAAAGCAUAAUGUUUACACCUCUAUGUUUGACGGUGGGGAUGGUGUUCUUGGGGUCAUAGGCAGCAUUCCUCCUCCUCCAAACACGGCGAGUUGAGUUGAUGCCAAAGAGCUCCAUUUUGGUCUCAUCUGACCACAACACUUUCACCCAGUUCUCCUCUGAAUCAUUCAGAUGUUCAUUGGCAAACUUCAGAUGGCCCUGUAUAUGUGCUUUCUUGAGCAGGGGGACCUUGCGGGUGCUGCAGGAUUUCAGUCCUUCACGGCGUAGUGUGUUACCAAUUGUUUUCUUGGUGACUAUGGUCCCAACUGCCUUGAGAUCAUUGACAAGAUCCUCCCGUGUAGUUCUGGGCUGAUUCCUCACCGUUCUCAUGAUCAUUGCAACUCCACGAGGUGAGAUAUUGCAUGGAGCCCCAGGUCGAGGGAGAUUGACAGUUAUUUUGUAUUUCUUCCAUUUGCGAAUAAUCGCACCAACUGUUGUCACCUUCUCACCAAGCUGCUUGGCGAUGGUCUUGUAGCCCAUUCCAGCCUUGUGUAGGUCUACAAUCUUGUCCCCUGACAUCCUUGGAGAGCUCUUUGGUCUUGGCCAUGGUGGAGAGUUUGGAAUCUGAUUGAUUGCUUCUGUGGAGAGGUGUCUUUUAUACAGGUAACAAAAUGAGAUUAGGAGCACUCCCUUUAAGAGUGUGCUCCUAAUCUCAGCUCGUUACCUGUAUAAAAGACACCUGGGAGCCAGAAAUCUUUCUGAUUGAGAGGGGGGUCAAAUACUUAUUUCCCUCAUUAAAAUGCAAAUCAAUUUAUAACAUUUUUGACAUGCGUUUUUCUGGAUUUUGUUGUUGUUAUUCUUUCUCUCACUGUUCAAAUUAAACUACCAUUCAAAUUAUAGACUGAUAAUUUCUUUGUCAGUGGGCAAACGUACAAAAUCAGCAGGGGAUCAAAUACUUUUUUCCCUCACUGUAUGCCUCUGCCAAGGUCUCCCGUCUCACAAGAAAACAGAGACCAUUAACGGAAGCCCCUGACUCUGUAAUUUGCCUCAUAUACCUUAACAACAAGGUAUGGAACAUAAGAAUCUUCCUGCAUACUAACUGUAAAUGGUUGUGCUCAACAGCUGGAGACAGAAGGUUCCUAAUCACUACUUCCUGAUCUACAGUUCUUAACUUGUUUCACCAUGGUAGCCAUUUUUUUCUACAUCCUAUCCUUGGACCUCUCUUUGUGACUUUUAGAACUUCUCCCAGUGCAAUAUAAAUGACAGACCCGAGGGGCAGGCCAAGAUUUACCUAGAUGUGUCUCAUGAACCUUCGUUUGGGCAGCUGUGCUUCAUAAAUUCUUAGUGAACGGUCAAACGAAUUCCCAGCAAAACACUUCUCCUUUCUAGAGAGAAUUUAUGCUUAUUUUUCACAGGAUUGGUCCACACAGAUGUGUUCACACAUUUGCCAUGGGACUUAAAGUUCCUCUUGAUCAACAUACAAUACAUCAAAGGAAUUGAGAGCCAAGGUCUAUUUCUGGAUGAAGGAUGUAACAUUAUGCAUUAUAGCUGCUAUCUUCUCUUAUCAAAACAAUGUUACCCCAACCUCUCAUUCAUCAGUGAUCCCAAACCCAUUCUAGAAAUGGCUGAGGAUUAGUCUCUAAUAGCCGUCUUAUUCACUGUUGAUAUUAUGCUGUCUUCAUGGAGGUCCCUUUAACAUAACAUCCACCUUUAAUUGAUAUUCAGCAUGUGAAGGCCCUGAGUCCCUAGAAGCUUUCCUAUCACAAGGGGUAGGGGGGCUAGUGGAAAUAUCAGGCUAUACAUGAUGUCUACUUCCCCCGUCCUAUCGAACACUGCCAAGUCUGUUUCUCUGAAUGAAGUAAGACACUACUAAACUCCUGUAGGAGGAAGCUAGUUAGCUAGCGAUGAUGACUCAUUGUUGAGUGGGAGAAUCAGAUUGUUGUACAAUGAGCGUUGCUUUGGUGGCUCCUUCAUUGACAACACAUGUGCUCACUUAAGAGAGCAAAGAGCAAGAGAGAGUGAGAGAGUGGAGGAAAUUCCAUCCUUUGUUUGUACUGUCUAGACAGACUGGGGCAGGGGGUAACUCCCCAGAGCCCUGACUGGCUCACUUUUUAUCAGACUUUUAAUUGAGCCGUCUAAAUAUUGAAAUUACAGUGGUAGAAACCAAUAGUCCCCCCUCCACUUCCAGUUGGGAUUUAAGGGUGAUGUCAGGGAGUUUUCAUUCUGAGUCUGACUAUUCCUGAAUUAUUUUCCAUACCCCACCUCACUCUCCCUACUCCCAGGGCCACCAGGCGAGGCUCGAACCGGCGCCACAGGUACUACGGGCUCUACUGGGCCUCGGGGCCCUCCUGGUCGCCAGGGAACCCCAGGAGUGAGGGGACCACCUGGGCCCCCUGGCUACUGUGACUCCUCCCAGUGUGUUGGCAUUCCUUACAAUGGACAAGGUUACCCAGGUAUGUCCACGACUGACUGA